UCUAUUCAGACUUUAGCCCCUAUUGUGUUACUCUAAAUUUAGGUAAGUUAAGCAAAAAUGUGAAAAUUUGUUGUAAAAAUAAUUUGAGAUAAUUACAAAUAAUAAAAAAUAAAUAAUUAUUGUAAAAAGUCUGAAAAAGAUACCCCUUUGAGUAACUCAGUUGCAAAAAUGAGUGCCCGUGGGAGCGAGAGGGGGUGAGGGGGGGGCAUCUGUUCAGACUUUAGCCGCGAUCGUUUGGCCAAGAGAGAGAGAGAGAGAGCCCUCAUCUGUUAGACGUUUUCCGAUAAUACUUUGACUCAUAACCGUAUUUAACGCAAAUGGGAUAUUACUAUAUCGUUACACUCUGACAGCUAGAAACGUUUGACGAUCAAUUCCGCGUCUAAUAACCCCCCUUAUUGGGAUGCGAUCAUCUGUGGAGACAGAGGCAAAUAGUUCAUUGGGCAGUCGUAAACUGAUGGUUCGAUUAUAUGUUUCCGUUGCAUUGCUUGACACUUGCGUGUUCAUGAUUCCUGGAACAGUCAACCGCAAUUGCGUUAUUUCGUGGCGGUGUGUGCUAGCAACCAGUUGUGUUUAACCGUUAACGCUUGUUUCUUCGUGUGCCUUCAUUUCAUUCGCUGGUCUGAUCGUUAACAUCCCCCUACAAGUCUAUACGCGGCUGUAAGUAGCUAUUUCUAUAUGCCUUUAGCGAUAUUUUACCGACGGGGUGUAUCAACUUUUCAAAACUACAGGAUUUUGUUAGUGCAACAACGCAAUGGCACCAAAUCUGCAUGAACAUGCGACCCAGCCACCGUGCAGUGAAUCUGAUACUGCCGAAACUACUGAGAAUAUGAUGAUGGGACAGGUAGCGAACAAGAAGGACAUGCAACCGGCACGCUUCCAUAGCUAUUCGAAUGGAAUGCACCGUCGUCGGGAACUGCGUCUAUGGAUAACCAAAGCUGAGCCAUGGUGUCGUCGAUCGGACCGUCCCGGUAGCCCAGCUUCGUUCCGCUGUACGAUCAUUGUUGAUGAACCGAUCGCGUCCCCACCCCAGGAAGAAGAGUCAGACGAUUCCGACUAUGAGAUACCAAAAAAGCGGCGAUCGUCGUCGUUCCGGGGACCGGCGCUGAAGGACAAGCCUGUACAGCAGGACAUUCCAAGCUGCAAAGCUAUCGCUAAGGACUAAGCUACCUGCAGUACGAGCGGUGAUACCGAAAAAUCCUCCCGGUUGUUAACUAAGAUCUCAAAGUGCCAACUAAAUUAAUAAUAUUUGCAUAUCCGGUUGUGAUUUUAUACCCGAACCCGUAUGCAAAACAUUCGAUUGCUGCUCAAACAAAUGUUCCUUGCAAACACACUUAAAGUUUGCUCAUUUAGAGUACAAAAUCAAACUAUGUAUAAGCAACGCAUAAAAUGGUUUAUCUAAAUAAAUGAACGCCCUAUUUUGUUCAUUUCUUAUAAAUGAACGCUGAUAAUGAACCGAAA